GACGCUCCAUCUCCCCAACUUCUUUAUCUAGUGUGGCAAUUGACUAACACGUAUAAAACUGCUCGCUCAAGUCGAAAUAUUCAGCAGUUAGCGAACUGACCGUCUCUUUGCAGCAAUGGCUACCAAACUUACUCUUCUCAUCGCAGCAGUUGCGGUCGCCUGUCUUGGCGUCGCCUGUGCAGCCCCCGAGGCCGCCGCCCACCAUGAGAAGCUCAACGCUUACGGCUACGGUGGUUGCGACGGUAGGACGCUCCAAUACCUUCGCCAGCAAAUCCAACUCUGCACGAGAAACGUCCCCUCUCAGCAAUACUUCAACCCAGGCUGGACGUGCGCAGUCGAUGUCAGCAGCGCACUAAGAGGCGGGUACUCCUGCUCACUGGAGCAGGCUCCGGCCUUGCUGGGCGAGUGUCUUGAGAGCUACUACCUUGAUGGAGCGUCGUCACAGGCUUGCCUGCAGGGUGCAAUUGACAACGGUAGCUGCUGCUGACCACUGUAUUCUGCAUUAAUUGCGUCGGGUUGUUAUUUCCAAAACAAUAAACUACUUUCAGCUUAUAAACCAGUCAA